AUGACAAGUUCACGUGACUACCUGCCAUGUCAUAAAUCGGUUGUAAAUCUAAAUAACCAAUGUGUCUGUCUUGUUGUUUUUGUCUAUUUUCUUGUCAAAAUAUGACAAUCUGUCGGUUGUAAAUCAAGUUUGACCCUGUUCCAACAUCAUCCUAUUUUUGCACAAAACACUUGAUUUACAACCUACCUGUCAUCCGGUUUUUGAUAGGUCAACUCUUAUUCAACACUUUUUAUUUACUUUAACUUUUAUUAAUUCAAUUUCUUUAUCUUUUCCUUUUCAAAACCCUCGUUUUAAUGCAAAAAUUGCAAACAAAAAUAAAUAUUUUCAAAAUGCCACGUUUUUCCAGUCCGCAAUUGUGCGUCAUUUCACGUGUGUCGCCUGCGUGCCAACAAUUAUUUUUCAUUUUCGUUUUUUAUGUGCCGCCCAACUCGUAAAUGGUGCCAAAUUGUGGCGAUUUCGAUGAAAUCCGGUCAGUUUUUUUGGGUUUUCAUGAAGUUUGAGUGAAAUUUCACUAGAUUUUAUUGAUUUUACAUGAAAAUAUCGAUUUUUUCAGGUUAUAUCCAUCAAAAAUCAAUUUUUUGAUGGAAAAUCAACGAUUGGAUGGUGAAAGGAGCAAUUUGAUGUGAAUUAAAGUGAGUUGAUAUGAUUUGAAAGUAGAAGAAUAUUGAAUUCCAAUGAAAAUUAUUGAUUUUUCCAGGUUUUUCCACCAAAAAUCGAUUUUUUGGUGGAAAUCGAUGAUUUCUGGAUAUUCGACUUGAAUUCCAAUUAUACAAGUAAGUUGAAAUAAAAACAAAAAUAGGAAGAAGAAGAAAAGUGGGAGAUGACCUAGGUCAAUAACUUCCCAAAAACCCGACUUGUCACAUGUCAAUUUUUGAUAGUUAGGUCAUCUCUCUAAGCCACGCCCCCUUUUCCCCCAUCCCCCAUUUUCUAGUCAUUCUAUUCAUAUUUACCUUUUCACUAUUCACUUUUCUAUUUAUUUUUUUUUGCAGUUCAAUCAAUUGCAUCAACAUAAUUGGGACAAAUAUGCAAAUGUAAGUUUAUUUUUUGAAAUUUAAUUCAAAAUUUAGAAGAAACAUGAACUUUUGCAGAUUUCGGUGGACAAAACAACAAUUGGAUGGAUUGGACACGGGCUUUUGAGGGAAAUGUAAGUAUUUUGGGGUGGUUUUGGGAAAAAAUUAAAUAAUAUGGAGAAGUUUCAGUUUUUCCUGAACCCAAAACCUUGAAAUUUGAAAAUUCAAGGUUUUGGGAGAGGGAAAAGCUGAAAUUUCAGCUAAAACCUAAAAUUUUGAAGAAAACACCAUAGAACCUAGGUUUCAAGCCUGAAAUUUGAGAAAAAUCUCAAAUUUCAGACCUGAAGCCUGAGAAAUCUCAGAUUUCUAGACUGAAGCCUGAGAAAUCUCAGAUUUCUAGACUGAAGCCUGAGAAAUCUCAGGUUUCAGGGCUUGAAGCCUGGAAAAUCUAAAAUUUCAAGCCUGGAAUUUGAGAAAAAGCUCAGAUUUCAAGCUUGAAGCCUGAAAAUUCUGGAAGAAACCACAAAUUUCUAGAAAAAUCCAAAUUUUCGACCAAAUUUCGAGAAAAAUCUAAAUUUUUGGGCCCGAAUUUGGCCUGAAGCCUGAAAAACCUCAAAUUUCAAGUUUGAAGCCUGAGAAAUCUCAGAUUUUAGGCCUGAAAUUAAAAUUUAGUAGAAACAUUUUAGUAAAAUUUAGUAGAAACAUGAAUUUUUUCAGAUUUCGGUGGACAAAACAACAAUUGGAUGAUUGGACACGGGAUUUGGAGUGAAAUGUGAGUAUUUUGGGGUGGUUUAGGGGAAAAAUUAAAUAAUAUGGAGAAGUUUCAGUUUUUCCUGAACCCAAAACCUUGAAAUUUGAAAAUUCAAGGUUUUGGGAGAGGGAAAAGCUGAAAUUUCAGCUAAAACCUAAAAUUUUGAAGAAAACACCAUAGAACCUAGGUUUCAAGCCUGAAAUUUGAGAAAAAUCUCAAAUUUCAGACCUGAAGCCUGAGAAAUCUCAGAUUUCUAGACUGAAGCCUGAGAAAUCUCAGAUUUCUAGACUGAAGCCUGAGAAAUCUCAGGUUUCAGGGCUUGAAGCCUGGAAAAUCUAAAAUUUCAAGCCUGGAAUUUGAGAAAAAGCUCAGAUUUCAAGCUUGAAGCCUGAAAAUUCUGGAAGAAACCACAAAUUUCUAGAAAAAUCCAAAUUUUCGACCAAAUUUCGAGAAAAAUCUAAAUUUUUGGGCCCGAAUUUGGCCUGAAGCCUGAAAAACCUCAAAUUUCAAGUUUGAAGCCUGAGAAAUCUCAGAUUUUAGGCCUGAAAUUAAAAUUUUAGUAGAAACAUGAAUUUUUGCAGAUUUCGGUGGACAAAACAACAAUUGGAUGAGUUGGACACGGGAUUUGGAGUGAAAUGUGAGUAUUUAGGGGUGGUUUUGGGCAAAAAUUAAAUAAUAUGGAGAAGUUUCAGCUUUUCCUGAACCCAAAACCUUGAAAUUUGAAAAUUCAAGGUUUUGGGAGAGGGAAACGCUGAAAUUUCAGCUAAAACCUAAAAUUUUGAAGAAAACACCAUAGAACCUAGGUUUCAAGCCUGAAAUUUGAGAAAAAGCUCAGAUUUCGAGGUUGAAGCCUGAAAAUUCUGGAAAAACCCCAAAUUUCGACAAAAAUCUAAAUUUUCAACCAAAUUUCGAGAAUAAUCCUAAAAUUCAAGUAAAAAGCCCAAACUUUAAGAAACAUUCAAAUUUCUAGGCCGUGAGCCUCAAAUUUCUGAAAAAAACCCCAAAUUUCUAGAAAAAUGUGAAUUUUCGACCAAAUUUCUAGAAAAAUGUGAAUUUUCCACCAAAUUUCGAGAAAAAUCUGAAUUUUGGGCCGAAUCAGGCCGAAUUUCGAGAAAAAUCUAAAUUUUUGGGCCCGAAUUAGGCCUGAAGCCCGAAAAACCUCAGAUUGUGUCUGAAGCCUGAAAUUUACUAAAAAAAGCCCAAAAUUCAAGUAAAAAGCCCAAACUUUAAGAAACAUUCAAAUUUCUAGGCCGUGAGCCCAAAUUUUGAGAAAAAUCGAAAUGUUCAGGCCCGAAGCCUGAAAUUUCUGAAAAAAACCCCGAUUUUCUAGAAAAAUGUGAAUUUUCGACCAAAUUUCGAGAAAAAUCUGAAUUUCUGGUCCGAAUCGGGCCAAAUUUCGAUAAAAAGCCCAAAAAUUCUUAAAAUUUAGGAAUUCAGCUAAAUUUUCAAAAAUAAUUUUAAAACUCCCAAAAUUUUUCAAAUUUCAACUUUUUUUUUUCAGAAAUUGGCAGUUUUCGAACGAAAACAACAAAAAUGGACAAAUCGAGGAUUAAAAAGUCAGUUUUUUGAAAUUUUCUUAAAAAAUACCAAGCUCGCGGAAUUUUCCGCGUGUUGUCCGCGCGGCAUUUCAAGUUAAGAAAAGUUUCCUGAUUUUUAGGCUUAGGCUUAGUUAUCGCCUAGAGAAAAUCGCGAAAUUCUGAGAAAUUUGCGAUUUUGCGCUGAAAAUUACCAGAUUUUCCGCGAGCUUUCCGCGCGGAAAGCUGUUCUCCGGUAAAACAUUAUUUUUCCUGAUGUUUAGGCUUAGGCUUAGUUAUCGCCUAGAGAAAACUGCAAAAUUUAUAAGAAAUUCGCGUGAACCGUGCUGCAGAAUUUCAAUUUUUGGGAUUUUCCGCGUUCGUUCCGCGUGGACACCUUAUUUUAGCUGAUGUUCCUGUUUUUUCGAUUUUGUGCAAAAAAAUGUAUUUUUUCAGAUUUGCUGAGUCGCCAACACACAAAAAUCGACGGAAUCCUUGAUUUUUGUAAAUGUUGAAUUUUUGUAAUAAAUUGUUUUUUUUUCAGUCUGAGUACUGUAGUCAAUUGAUUUUUUGAUUUUUUGCAGUUCGGAUAACUGUAAAUCCAAAUUUCGGAUUUCUAGGCCAUGAGGUUCUGUUUUUCUCUGAAUCCCUAGGAAAUGGCCUAGAAAAUCAAAACCAUUUUGUUUUUGGAUUUCUAGGCCAUUUUCUAAAGUGUCUCAAUGAUAUUUGCAAAUGCCACGUCAUAGCGUUUUUUGCCGGUGUCAACGCGGAGUGUCGUAGUUCGAAGAGCGACCGAAAUUGCCACGUCAAAGCUUACAAAUUUCUUUCGAAACUACGACACUCCGCUUUGACAAGGCACACUCUGCGCUCUUCUAGCUUGUAACUACGACACUCCACGUUGACACCCGUCAAAUUGUUUCCAGUAAUUGGUUUGUGCCGAUCAGUGUGUUCUACAUGUGCACAGGUUUGGCGAUUUCCACAAUUGUACUUGACAUCGGAUCAAUCUACGUGCGAAAAUUGCACUUCAUCGGAAAAAAGAUCAAAAAUAUUGCGAAUAUUCGAAUUUGGUUUGGCGCCAGGAAGUGAGUUUUUUUUGUCGGGUGUAAACGCGGAGCAUCGUUGUUUCUUCUUCAUUACACUUUGAAACGUAAAAAAUCCCUGAUCCUCCAGCUAGGAUUUCAAAUAAACAACGAUGCUCCGCGUUUACACAUUAACCCCUGAUCUUUUCAGCUUGGAAGUUCGAGAGCUGAUCACAGCCGUCGGUCAAAACAUCGGUAUCGAUCAGAAUGUGAUAGCCGACAUUGAUAUCGAUACAUUGGUCAAGACUGCGAUUCAAGUGAAAUUGGGAAGAUUGUCACGAGUUCCGCAAACUCAUAUGAUUGUUGAGGGAAUUUGGCCGCCUGAAUUGGUGCCGUUGUUUAUGAAGGUAGGGGUGGAAUUGCGGAGCAUCGUUGUAGUUCUCAAUUUUUUCCCCAGGACGGACAAUUUCCGCUGUUCGUCGAUUCGGAAGAUGAUCUUCGAGAUCUCAAACAACCUCCGCCACCCAAAAAAGGCACACAAUUCGUAGGGGCUCAAGAUUGA